AUGGCGAAUCAAUCAUCUUCUCUUCUUCUGCGAUGCGCUUCCUUCAAUCAAGACAACAGCUGCUUUGCAAUCGGAACGAGAGAUGGAUUCAAGAUUUUUGACUGCGACACAGGAAGGCUUCUCUACGAACGCGUUACUGGGGCAUUCAGCAUUGUGGAAAUGCUAUACAGAUCAAAUCUUCUUGCCAUAGUUGGAGCUGGUGAACAGCCAUCUUUAUCUCCAAGGCGAUUAUGUUUGUUCAAUACCAUAAGUGGAGCUGCAAUCAGGGAACUCAACUUCUUGACAUCCAUUUUGGCAGUUCGUGUAAAUAGGAAAAGAUUGAUAGUUUUAUUGAAAGAGCAAACCUACAUCUAUGAUGUUAACACUCUAGAAGUGAAGAGCAUCAUCGAUACAGUGCCAAACUUACAAGGGCUCUGUGCAUUUUCAGCAAAUAUGGAUAACCCGUACUUGGCCCUUCCAGCUAGUACAGUAAAAGGGUCUGUAUUGGUCUACAAUGUCAUGGAUCUGCAGUCACACUGUGAGAUAGAUGCUCAUCGUUCUCCAUUGGCUGCCAUGACUUUCUCCCCAAAUGGGAUGUAUAUAGCGACAGCAUCUGAACAGGGAACCAUAAUCAGAGUUCAUUUAAUUUCGGAACCAACGAAGUCAUACAGUUUCCGUAGGGGUUCCUAUCCAUCAACAAUCUUUUCCUUGUCGUUUGGGCCAUCAGAUAAUCUUCCAGAUAUACUUCUUGCUGCUAGCUCUUCAGGUUCUGUCCAUAUUUUCUCCCUGAGAUUUGAUCUGAUUGAGAGGGGCAGAAAGUCAAAUAGUUUCCUUGGGUCAAUAAUGCCUGGUUCAGUAAGUGAUGUGUUGGAUCCAGCUCACCAUCUAGUAUUUCAUCAUGCAUCUGCAGUCGGCAUUCGAAGUGAUGCAGUCAUUCGGAAGAUAGAGAAAGCAAGUGGUACUUCAAUGUCCGAACCUGUGGCUUUGAGAGCCACUGUAUCAGUGAUUACAUUUACGGGGUACUUCCAAGAAUAUUGUUUGAGAAUAAACUACAAAAACGAAGCUACAUGGACAUUGGAGCACGAGUUUAAUCUUCUGACGGUUGUUGCAGAUCAUACUGCAAGUUAG